GUCGGGGUCUCUCUCCCGGGUGCUGGGGGGGCCCCAGACCCGCAUCGUGCCCCUUCCAAGCCCACCCGGCCACCUCACCCCCUCCCCUCAGGGAUUAGAGGGGGGAGUGCCCGGUUGGUGUGUGAGCAGCACCCGGAGCAGCCCGAGCUGAGCUAAACUGAGCUGAAUUGAGCCGAGCUGAAUUGAGCCGAGCUGAAUUGAGCCGAGCCGAGCUGAGCUGAACUGAGCCGAGCUGAGCUGAGCAUGCCAGAGCCGGCGUCGCUCGGAGGGGAAAGGAAAGCGGCGGAGAGGAAGCGGGUGGAGAAGGUGGGAGCCAAGGCAGCACCUCCAGUGCCCAGGAGCCUCCCUGUGCAGAGCAAGGCCGAGCCCCCCAGCCUGGACCCCUCGGAGGAGCCGCUGCUCUGGGAAGGGCUCACCCUCAACAAGUGCAUCCUGGUGGCCUCGGUGGUGGCCCUGAUCAGCGUCACCUUCCAGGUGCUCCAAGCACCAUGCUCCAAGGAGGGGAUCACCCGAGGCCCGAGGCAGGAGCCUCCACCAGCACCCCCUCCCCUUCCCGAGGUGCUGAGCCCCAAGGAGGAGGUCCCAGAGGUGAGCACAGCCCAGCCUGUCCCUCCGCAGAGCAGCGCAGUGGAGGGGGGUGGAGAUGAGGAGGAGGAGGAAGAGGAGGAUGACGAUGACAGCGAAGCCGACAGCAACCUGGGAGAGCCCUGGAUCUUCAAGAAGUGGUUUGGCCGCGCGACUCCAGAGGAUGAGGACAAGGACGAGGACAAGGAUGGGGACAAGGAUGAAGACGAGGACAAGGGUGAGGAUGAGGACAAGGAUGAAGAACCCACAGAUGUCCCUGAGGUGCCACCGGCUGCAACAGAGGUGAAGAAGAGCCAGGAGAAGCAGGAGAAGAAGAUGGAGAAGGAGGUGGAGAAGGAGGAAGAGGAGGAGGAAAAGGAGGAGGAGGAGGAGGAAGAAAAGGAAGAGGAGGAUGAGGAAGAAAAGGAGGAGAAAGAGGAGGAGAAGGAGGAGGAAGAGGAGGAGGAGGAAGAAGAGGAGGAGGAGGAGCAGGAAGAAGAGGAGGAGAAGGAGGAGAAGAAGAAAAAGGAGAAGAAGGAGCAGAAGAAGGCCCGGGAAGGCCGUGCCGCCCAUGCGGAGCGGAGCAGCCGGAGGGAGGCACGAGCCAAGGACAGGACACCAGGGGACAAACCUGGCAGAGCCCCCAGGACCCCCAGGGAGCCUGAGCAGCAGCCCCAGAAGAAACGGGACCGGGAGAGGAAGGAGAAGAAGGAGAGGAAGGAGAGGAAGGAGAGGAAGGAGAGCCGGCGGGAGCGGGACGAGCCCAGGAGGGAGGGGGGGAAGGGCCGUCCCAGCCAGGAGAGCCCCAGGAGGGACUGGAAGCAGCAGAAGGGCAGGAAACCCUGGGAAUCAGCUCCGGGCAGGGACAACAGGGCCAGGGAGGGCAAGAGGCGCGACUGAGGCCGGGGUGGCCGAGGGGCUCCAUGACACCGGAUCCAGGGGGAUCCAGGGGGAUCCACGCCUGCCACUGCCCUCUGCUCCUGCCUGUUCCCCAGAGACAUCCCUGGGUCAUGGGCAGCACCCCAGGAUCCCUGGGCAGCAGCAGAGCAGCCCAGGAGCCUGGCACGAGCCUCCCCAGGAGCUUUGGGCCCCCCUGGAUCAAAUGGCCAAAGGUGACCUGGAAGGACCCAGGAAAGGAGCUUCUCUUUGGGCUUCGUGUCACUGCCCCGUCCCCACCCGAAAUCCCCCUGCAGGUCCUCUCCACCCACGGGGUCAUUUCCACCCAGGGCAGCACAGUGGGGCCCCACUGACCCCAGGGAACAGAGUUUGUCUCCAGACUGUGCAGCUCUUCAGUUACUGGUUUUAUUCAAAGCAGAUCAAGAGAGAAGAAUAUCCUGGGUUACAGAACCAGAGGGACGUCGGGGACAGGACCCCCCGACCCUCAGUCGGUGCCAUCGCUCAGGGUGGCACAAAACUUGCAGGAAACAGAACCAGGUUGGAGCCCCUCACUGGGGAUCCCUUCAGGCUUUGCCUUCACCUGUUUCAGGAAGGAAACACGAGGGCAACCUCACCCAGCACUGGAGCCACUGCAGGAGACGUUCACAGCCCCAACCCACGGCAGGUUUCGGUAUUUGCCGAGUCAACAGAGGUUAAAAUAAACUAUUUUCAUUUUUAAUAA